GAUCAUGGGCGGCCGGGUCUGGCGACCCGAGCAGUUGUCGAUCUGAUUUAGGCCUCUCCCUUCGGCCUCAGAGUCGCCGCAGCCAUGGCCAGUCAGUCGCAAGGGAUCCAGCAGCUGCUGCAGGCGGAGAAGCGGGCCGCCGAGAAGGUGUCCGAGGCCCGCAAGCGAAAGAACCGAAGGCUGAAGCAGGCCAAAGAAGAAGCUCAGGCUGAAAUUGAGCAGUACCGCCUUCAGAGGGAGAAAGAGUUCAAGGCCAAGGAAGCUGCGGCUCUGGGAUCACACGGCAGUUGCAGCACUGAAGUGGAGAAAGAGACGCAGGAGAAGAUGACCGUCCUCCAGACCUAUUUCCAGCAGAACAGAGAUGAAGUCUUGGAUAACCUCUUGGCCUUUGUCUGUGACAUCCGGCCAGAAAUCCAUGAAAACUACCGCAUAAAUGGAUAGGAGAGGAAGAAAGAAGCACCUUUUCCAUGGAUUGGCAUUUUAGAUGCCUUCAUGGAAUAUGAAGCUUUAGCAAAGCUCAAGUUACAUUCUUAAGAAAAGGUGUUAAAUUAUUUCUGUAUGUUAUAUAGUAGGUCCCUUCACUUUUUGGAGAGUAGCAAAUCUAGCUUCUUUGUACACACUUGGAACUUAUCCAAAGAUCUUUGUACCUCAUAUUUGUUUGAAUUUAAUGGAUAUACAUUGUCUGUUUUCCUAUAUCUUUUAGCUCAAACAUAUAUAUCAAUGUUGACUUCUUUCUUAGAUCUAGUAAAAAAAAAAAAAAAAAAAAAAUCCUUUGAAGAAAGAAAGGGAUUAAAUGAUUUUUUUCCCUAGUACUUUCUUGAAGGUCAGGGGCUUUAUCUAUGAAAAAGUAGUAAAUAGUUAUUUGUAACCUGUGUGAAGGAGCAGCCAGCCUUAAAGUAGUCCAUUCUGGCUAAGAGUUAGAACAAUUAAUACUGGUAUAAGUGGUUAGGCUGCUUUUAGUUUCUCUUAAUCAAAAUUACUAGAUGAUAGAAUUCAAGAACUUGUUAACAUGCUAUUACUUGGUGUACUGAUAAUCAUUUAAAAGUAAAAGUGAAGACACUU